CUGCACACAAAAAACCCCAAACAAAAACAGUACUUCAGUCUUAAGAGUCAUCAUGACCACUGAGAGGGAGACAAACACAGCACCUAUUGAGUUAAAGUUUGUUUCCCUGUCUUACUCAGCGGUAUUCUGGCAGCUUAAUAAAAACUGUAUGGAAAAUUUUUCUUGCUCACAUGUACCUCAGAUCCUUGCCUAGCAGACAACACUCUCUUCUCUCACCAAGACACCAUGAUGCAAUUAAGGACUUUAAUUUUCACAUCUGUUGUGCUCCCGUGGAUACUGUCUUCUGCAGCAAAAGAUGAGUACGUGGAAGCAAGAAAACCUAAGAGGGACAUUGUAAACCUUCCCGACUAUGGCUUCCAUCAAGACACCGACCCAGCAGUUCCAAAAGCUGAUGAGUUGCCAACUUGUCUACUGUGUGUUUGCCUGAGUGGAUCUGUUUACUGUGAGGAAGUGAAUCCUGAAAUGUCAGCCGUCCCAGCACUGCCAAAGGAAACUGCAUAUCUCUAUGCACGUUUCAACAAGAUCACAAAAAUACGCAAUCAAGACUUUGCGGACAUGGCCACAUUAAGAAGAAUUGACCUAAGUGGGAAUCUCAUCUCUGAGAUAGAAGAUGGAGCUUUUUCCAAACUUCCUAAUCUUGAGGAGCUCACUCUUGCAGAAAAUAAACUGAUUAAACUUCCUACACUUCCCACCAAGCUAGUCUCAUUCAAUGCCAAUUUCAACAAGCUUAAAACCCAGGGUGUAAAGGCAACUGCUUUUAAGAAACUCACGAGACUGGUAUAUCUUUACCUUGGAAACAAUGAACUGACAGCAGUGCCCCAACUUCCAGAGUCUCUUCAUGUUGUGCAUCUGCAAAACAACAAGAUCUCAGCAAUAACAGAUGAGACGUUCUGCAAAGGUAACACCAGCCAUUACAUCCGGGCCAACCUGGACCAGGUGAGACUGGAUGGGAACCCGGUCAAGCUGUCACAGCACCCUAACAGCUUCAUCUGUCUGCAGACUCUCCCUGUCGGAUGGUACAACUGAUAUUACCAAAGCAUGCUUUUGACCGAGCCAAACCUUAAAGGGGGGGGGGGGUUCUGUGUAAACUGAAGGAUGCAGAUACACAGAUAGUAAAAAUACCAUUUACAAAAUACAGUUCUUAAGUUACAUUUUAUAUACUCAAAUCUACCAUACAGUUCAAGACAUCAUAAGUUUUUUUAUAAUUAGAAAGAAAUCAUAUAAUUAUAGAACAGAUUUGAACAAGUGGAAGAAAGAGCUUGUGUUUUUUGUUUCUUAUCAGCGCUAUCUGCCAGAUUGAGACACAUCUGUGCAAAAUUUAUGUCUAUAAAUACAAAGGCUCAUUUUGUAUUUUUUCUUUAGUUACAAUUUGGCUGAGACAGUUCUGUCUUGGCAGGUGCUAUGCAAUGUUUUCAACUUAGCAGAUCGGCAGGCUCACUGUCAAAUAAAUACUGAGACCUGGACAUGGUUAUCGUGAAGAAAUGAGACCAUUUGUUGUGAUUUUUUUCCAGCAUUUAUCUCAAACCAUUUAUAUUAUCACUGCUGUAUUGCUAAUGUUUCUUAAACCAACGACCAUAUAAACAAUAAAACCUGCAUGUUGGAAGAGAA